AUGGACCCGAAAGACCUGCUGUGCGCAGCGUUCUGGAACUCGACGGGCGGCGCCGAGGAUACCUUCGACGCGCCCGUAGCCGCCGCCUGGGAGGCCCAGCCCAGCGACGAGCGACCCAGCUGCACCGUGCAGCACCUGGCCCUGUGCCUGGCCGACGGCCGCCUCGUGAGGCUUGUUGCGAAGCACGUGGACCUGCGCGACGCCGCCAGCUUCCGAGACAGGGCGCACCAGAAGCGGCGGCGAGACGCCUACAGCGUGGAGACUGCCUUCUACCAGAGGAUGGCUGUGGGGGCUGUCAAGAGCGGCCUGCGCCUCCCCUAUCCCGUUUAUAUGGACUCCUCUCCGAACCCGCUGGUGUCGCUGACGGUGGCGGAGGAUUUGGCGUACGACCCGCGGGGCAGCCUGGAGGCUGCCGCGGCGCCGGUCGCCUUCCAGGCGGCUUCCAUGAGGGAGCGGGAGGCGCGCGCGGCGCUGGCGUGGCUGGCGGAGUUCCACGCCCGGUGGUGGAACUCGGCGGAGGCCGGCGAGCCGGGCGUGGCGGGCGUGUGGCGGUGGGGGACGUACUGGACGUUGGAGGCCACGAGGGGGGACCUGGAGGGGAUGGACGAGGCCUGGCGACGGACUUCCGCUGCGUUUUCGGUUAAGUACAAGGAGGCGUUCCAGGUCCCGGGGGUCCGGGGGCUCGGGAAGAGGCUAAGGUCCGCGGCGGAGAGGCUGCACGGGCUGGUGGAGGGCAGGGGGGGGUGGCGCACGCUGGUGCACGGCGACUGCAAGUCCGCGCACUUUUUCUUUCGAGAGGGGGGGGAGGGGGGGCUGACGGCGUGGGCGUGCAGCUUCAAGUGGAUGGGCGGCGGGCAGGGCGUGAGGGACGUCGUCCAUCUGCUGUGGAGCUCCCUGGAGCCGGACGUGGUGGCUGGGUGCGAGGAGGCGCUGCUCAGGCACUACGUCAAGUGCGUGAAGGAGGCGCUGGCCGCAAACGGGCAGAAGGAGUCGGCCCGGCAGUUUCUGUGGGGGCCCUUCGCGGAGGCGUACGAUGCUGCGUACCUGGAUUACGUGAGAGCGCUGGUGGGGCGCGAGUGGGCGAGGCUGACGCCGGCGGAGUGCGCGAGCAAGGGGAGGGGCGGGGACGUGCCGAUGUACUGCCGGGAUGCUGGGCAUCUGGUGGAGAUGGCCCUGAAGGCGAACGAGCUGCUGGGGCGGUGCGAGAGGAGGCUGGCGAGCGGGCCCAGGCGGGCGGAGGAGAGGCUGGCGGCGGCGGCCGCGCGGGAGGGGCACGGCCAGGCUUCGUCCCUGAGGCGGCACAACCGGCUGGCGCUGGCCGGCGGCCGGACGGCGAGCGUGGGAGAGGGGGUCUUUGACAAGGUGGCGGGCCUGCCGCCGCUGCGCGCCACCAUGAGCGAGGCCAUCCCCAGGCACGACGACAUUCUGGGCGGCAUUCCGGAAUGGGAGCCGGCAUCCCCGCGCAGGCAAGGGCGGGGAAACGCCCAGGCCGUUGACCCCAAGCCAUCGCGGUCGCGCUUCGGACUCGGCAAGGCCAAAUCUAAG